AUGUCUCUCUCUCCCAGGGAAGUCCUAGGUUAUAUAUUACAGUUAUCCCAUAAACCUCCCAAUUAUCCCCCACAUUCUCCAGCCUAUCCCAGCUUUUUUAAAUUUAAUUUUUUACUUCUAAUCCGUUCAAGUUCAGUACGUGUUUCAACCAAUUCUCUUUCUUUUUCUAUUAAACGUUGUUUUUCUAAUAAACAAUUUUGGCAAUUAAAAGAAGACGAAAAUUGGGGGUGUUGGGGAGGAAAAUUAAAAUGUUGUUGUUGUUGUUGAAUUGAAGAAUUAAAUUGUUCAGAAAUUGAGUUUGGGGGAAAAUCGGUUGAAGUAGUUGAGGAACAAGCUGAUGAUGCUGAAGAGGAGCAUAAUGAAGAGGAAGAGGAAGGGCAUAUUACUGGUGAUGUUUUUUGUGGGCUAAAAAGAAGGGGAAAGUGUGAUAAGCCAAAGGAAGUAAAAAAUAGGAGCUCUCUC